CAGAAAGAACAGUCUAAAUGCAGACAGGGGACAGGACAAAGCACUAGGGACAAAAUAAAAAAAAAAGACAUUUUUUUAAAAUUUUCAAAUUUCCCGCCGUACGUCCCGACGUCACAGGGACCGGAACACAGAAGCCGGAUGCCGGCAUCAAGCCGGAGGAGAUGGCCGGGACGCUGCAGGGGACACAUCGUGGGAGCGCAGGACAAGGUAAGUGCUGCAGGGAAUCCCUGAGCAACGCCGCAUGGUAAGCCCGAGUGUAGCUCGAGGUUACCGCUUUUGGUACUGAAAU